GAUCCUCCUAGCGUUAUUUGGGCAAGAACUGAAUGUUUCCCCAAACACUUUUUCUCUCUGUAAUGAAAUUUCCAGCCAAAGCGUGGCGUCGCAGGUGCCUGGCUUUACGAUCAAUACAUUGUUGCCAUGGAAAUGGCCAGGCCGUCUGGCCUCCGUCGAAGGAAGGUACCGUUUCGCAGAGUCCGGACACUCGUCGGCUGUGGGCUGUGAAGUACAGUGGAUUUGCGAGCUUCGGUGCCUGGGGCAGCUAUGUGGUUUUUUGAACUUGAGUAAAAUCAAACAAGUUGAAAAAACAGAAGACUGAAAUGGCUAAAGUUGAUGGAGUAGGUUUAGGAUAUUCAUACCAUCUGCCAUCUGCUGGGUGGAGUUUACGUAUUCGUAAUACAUUGUCUCAGUUCAGUGAUCUUUUCAGUGAAUUUAAUAGAUAUAUAGCACCAGCGUAUCACCAUGAUCGCUGCGAAAGGUCUGUCCAAAUGCGCCUUUACACAAUGCAUAAACGGGAAUUCGUUAUGGUAUUUUUAGCAUUCUUUGCAUGUUUUGGAUUAGCUGUCUUCAUAGGUCUAGCAGGGCCUCCAAUCACUAGUACAUCGGAACACAAAUUCAAUUUGAGCAGUAAUGAUGCAGCUAACACUCCAUUCAAUAUGCACAGCCCAGCCAUGUCGACAUACAGUCAACAACUAUGGGUGAUUGCAAAAAUAACAACGAAAAAUAUUAAUGAAGUGAUAGUUGAAGUUAAAGGCUUCAACAUAAGUGUUUCCAUUGAUGGUCUGCAAGGAGGCCACUCUUCAGUUACUAUUCUUCCAAAAAGUAAUGCACAUAACAGACCCAGACAUCUACGAUGUGAGCAGUUAACAUGUGAUGAAUUUAUAGUAAUGCAUCUUGGUUUCUUGAACUACGUUCAUUAUAACAUAACAGUACAGUUUCAAGGAUUGGAAACUUUCCAUCGCAGUUACGUUAUACAGGAUGUAACUUUCUAUUUCAAAUCUUAUAAUCCAGCAUUUACACAAAUUGAAAUUUGGUUUCGUUUCAUUUUCUUGUUAACAACGUUUAUUGUGACAUGUUGGUUUGGGCACAGUCUUCGAAAGUAUGCUGUACAUGACUGGUCCACUGAACAGAAGUGGAUGUCAGUUUUGUUACCCCUUUUGCUGUUAUAUAAUGAUCCAAUUUUCCCAAUGAUGUUUAUUGUUAACUCAUGGGUAUCAGGGAUGCUGGAUGCUGUUCUCCAAGCUACUUUUCUGUGCGCACUUUUACUCUUUUGGCUGUGCAUAUAUCAUGGAUUACGUCAGAAUGAAAGGCGAAUUCUGACAUUCUAUUUGCCAAAACUCAUAAUUGUUGGAUCCUUGUGGCUUGCAGCAGUUAUUAUGGCAUCACUACAAAAAUAUAAUGAAUUUCGAGAUCCAACAUACAGUUAUAAAUUGGACACUUCAAACUUCUAUGGCUUCAAAGUGUUCUUUUGCAUUGUUUGUGGGGUCUAUCUGACUUAUCUCCUGUGUCUUAUUCUAAGGGCCUAUAGUGAACUUCGAUCAAUGCCAUAUUUUGACAUGCGUUUGAAGUUCCUUACUCUAUUGAUGCUGAUUGUUCUUUCUAUAAGUUUUACUGUUACUGUGUUGAGAUUUGGUGUGGGUGCUUUGGAAGACAAUUUUGUGGCAGAACUUUCUACAACUUAUAAGAAUUCUGCUGAGUUUAUGUCAUUUUAUGGUCUCUUAAACUUCUAUUUGUACACGAUGGCAUAUGUAUAUUCCCCUGCAACAGGAGCAGUCUUUGAAUCCACAAUCACCAAAGAUAAUCCUGCAUUUUCUAUGAUUAAUGAUUCUGAUGAGGAUGUUAUAUAUGGUUCAGAUGAAGAAAGUCGACGACCACUAAACCGCUGUCAGAAUGACGAUGACAGUGACUGAAGCAGCACAAAUCAUGUUAUCAUAUGCACUCUGUUGUUCUCACUGUAUAAUAAAUAUAUGAUGUUGAAAUGAUGGUUUCAUUAACAAAAUGUAUGAAUAUCUGACAGUAGAAGACAAUAAUCCAUAGACAUUAAUAUUGUGCCAAUAACUAGGUUAUUUGAACAUUUCAAAUAAAAUAUUUAAAAUAAAUUUUGUAGUGUAUUUUAAAUUUUCAAAUAUAAUACGUAAUAAGAAAAAAAAUAGUUUACUAUUUACACAAGCAGAGAAUACCUUUAAAAGGUUUAUUUUAUUUUAAAAUAAGUAAGAUUUUGUAAUUAGCAUGUUUUUAAAAGUAAGUGGAAAAGUGAAUACAUUUCCAGAAUUAAAAACUUUUAUUUCACACAAUAUUGCAAUUAUCAAUAAAAACUCUUGAACUGCCAGAGAUCAAGAGGCAAUUGAAUUUUAACACUUUGUUGUUCUGACUGUACAACUAUGAUGAGAACUAUGGAGUGCAAACAUUUAAAUAUGUAAAUAUGUCCCACAAAACUGACAUGAUAAAUUCUUUGCUGUGAAGGAGGAAGAAGUGCUACAUGAAAUCUGCAAAAAUCAAAUGUUUUCUUAAUAGAAUUAGAGAGAGGGGGGAGUAAAGGGCACACAAUAUUUCUCCCAAAACUAUGACAUUUGUACAAACCAUGCAAGUUGCAAAUUUAGAUGUCAAUGGUUACCAAUUGAUUUCUUUCAACAAGUAACGUUUAUUUCAUUUUCACUAAUAAGAGUCCCCUACUUGGUUUUCUUAGUAUUCACUAGUUUUUUUAUCAGCAAUCUUUCACAUGCACAUCUGACAUUCUUGUAACAGAAGACAAACUGUCAUGUUCACAAAAUAUAAUAAAUCUAUAGAUUAAUUACAUAAGUAUUAAAAUUAAUCUUGGGAUCAAUAAUUGUUUCAAUUAAUAUUUUGACUAAUUUACAUUCAUUACUUCAAAUAUAUAUCACCUAUGGACUGAAAUAAGAAAAAAGAGUAAUAUCUUUUGCCCAUUAUCAAAAAACUUACUAACGUAUAAUAAAGAACGUAAUAAUUAAGAAGGUAAACAAGAAAGUUACAAGUAAACGU